AUGCAUGAUGAGAUGUGGGAUGUGAUAACUGAUGGACCCAUCCAGAUACUACAAGUGAACCCCAAUCGUGUUGCUAUCGAUCGGACAUCACCAGAAAUGAUUCCAAAGGAGAAAUCCUUGCUAACUACCGAAGAGAGAACCCGAGUAAAUCUCGACAAUAUAGCCAAGGAUAUACUCUACAAGGCAUUGGACGAAUCAUUGUUUCCGAGAGUAAGAAAGUGCAAGAAUGCUAAAGACAUCUGGGAUGUACUUAUGCUCAUAGGUGAUGGAGACGAACAAGAGAAGGAGAACAAGCUGACGAUUGCCAUGAAGAAGUUUGAAGAUUUCAAACUCAAUCCAAAGGAGUCCAUAACUGAAAUGGAAGCUCGGUUAAUAAAGUUAUUGAUGGAAAUCAAUGAUCUUGAUGAGAAAAAGCUAACACAAAAGGAGAUAAACUUGAAGAUUCUCCGAGGAUUACCCAAAAGCUAG